AAUAAAAAAUUAAAAAAUUUUUUAAUAAAAUUUUGUAUUAAGCAAUAAAAAUAUUUUUUAUUUGAGACUUGACUAUGCGCUCAAAGAUAUUGUGAAAGUGUUUUGGAAUUUUUAUAUUUUAUAAUAAACAAAUUAUAAUUAUAGUUUUUAAAUUUAAUAAAAUAAUAAACAAAAAUGAGUUUAUUACCACAACCGUUUUUGGAUCAUCCGGAAGUUGUUCCAAUCCCUCAAGAAUAUCAACCAGCUGUAGAUGAAGUUUAUGAGUGGAUGAAAGCUCAAUCUCGUUUUUCAAAAUUUACGAAAAAUCAUGCAUAUUUAUUUGUUCAUGCCUGUUAUGGUGAUGUACCAAGUAGUAAAAGAGCUCUAUUACGAUACGUUCAGAUACGUUUAAGUUCUCCAGAUUUAUUUGAUAAUCGUGAUAUGAUGUUAGAAGAAAUUCAAUUCGUAUAUGAUAUGACGCAUAUGGUCGGUUUGCCUCUUAAAACACCAGAAGGUUAUAAUAUUUUAGUAUAUCGUUUAUCAGAUUCAGAUCCAUCAAAAAUGCAUUUUGGGAAUGCAAUUAAAGCUUUUUGUAUGUUUAAUGAUGUCAGAAUAAGUGAAGACGGAAUUACUGAAGGAUAUGUAGUCGUAUUUGAUAUGAAAGGUUUAAGAUUUGGACAUUUAACCAGAAUACAACUUGGACCAUUACGUACAUUUAUGGCAUAUAUACAAGAAGCACAUCCAGUUAGAUUGAAAAAAAUUUAUAUUGUUCAUACGUCAUUCUUCAUUAAUCAAAUAAUGACAUUAGUUAAACCUUUAAUGCGCGGUGAAUUAAUGUCUUUAUUGAAAUUUACAUCAUUGGGACCAUCCGAUGUUUUGCCUAGUGAAUUAUUACCAGUGGAUUAUGGUGGCCCAUUAGAACGUCUUGAAAAAAUGCAUAAACAUCAACGUCAUAUGAUUGAAAGAAGAUAUCGGCAAUGGCUUAUUGAAAGUGCUUUAACAAAACCAUCAACAGAUAGUAAAGGAAAAACAGCAUCAGGAUCACUAGUGACAACAGCAACAUCAACUUCAAGUGGUGCUUCAACAAUGAAGAAUGUUAUUGAAAAGGGAGAAAUUGUUGUAGAAGAAACUGGUUGUAGUGAAAUGGCUAAAAUGGCAACUAAAUUUAGUUCUUUAGAAGUUGAUUGAAAUAAUCUUCUUUUUAGUGAAAUGUUUUAAAAUAAUAUUAUAUUUUUUAUAUUUAUAUAAUCAUUAUUUAUAAUUUAUAAGAGAGAGAAAAAAAAAGAAUAAGUUUUUUUUUA